AAACAUUGACUGUGUCAAAAUCUAAGUUGUCUAUGCUCCCAUGAUCUUUCUCUCGCUCGGUGUUCUCGGCUCGCAUACAGACGAAUGCACAUUCCCAAGGAAAUUAAUUAGCUAAUAACAAAACUAUUCAGUGAAUAAAAUUGUCGCAAGCGGGCGUUCAUGUUUCGUUGUAAAAAAUGAUCGAGUUUACCAUAAAAACCUUGGAUUCAACGAAUCACAACUUCUCAGUGGAAGAUGAGAUCACCGUUCAGCAACUUAAGGAGAAAGUCAGGGAGCAAAUGGGCAUAGAAAUAAAUCUACAGCGUCUCAUAUUUUGCGGGAGAGUAUUGCAAGACGAAAAAAGAUUAUCAGAUUAUGACGUAAAAGGCAAAGUAGUGCACCUCGUGCAGCGCGCACCGCCUAGCCCUGAGUCACGCCACUCCGGCUACACCGUAGCGGGCGCGGGCGCCGCCGAGGGCACUAAUGCUAACGCCAACCAGACUAGACGGCCUAGCCCACUAGCCAGCAUCAUCAGAGAAGAGCAAGCGUCCACUUCGCCAACGUCGGGCCGCCUAGACUUCAUUCGUCUCAUGGUCUCUGAAAUCAAGACUUCUUUGGCGAGCCUCCAGGCUCAGGCGCCGGCACAGGCGCAGGCCCAAGCUCAGACUGCUAACGGAGAAACCAGCACAGAGAAUGCGUCUGCGUCGGGUAGCGGCGAGGGCAAUGUAGAAAACAUGGAAACAGACCCCGCACCCAGCGGCGCCCAGGAAGAGGGUGACUCCACACUGGACGAAGGCGGCGAAGCGCCGCCAGACUCGGCGGCGCGAGCGCAGCACGCGCGUCGCAGAAGCUACCGCGCGAUCCGCGCCCUCCGCGCGCGGCACUCGCGGCCCCGCGACCUCGGGCAGCUCAUGGAGGAGCUCGAGUCGCUGCAGGAGCAGUUCGCGCCGCACCGCGCCCAGUACACGCACCUGCUCAUGGCCGCCAACAGUGCCGAGCCGCCGAUUUACACCGAGGAGGAACGCCAGAACGCGCAGCGGACCGUCGACAUUGUCUCCGACAUUAUGCACAGUUUUGCUCACGCGUACCACGCCGUCAGCGACAUCAACUUCCAGGUCGGCCAGCGGAACCCGCGCCUCACCUCCGAGGCGUCCGUCAUGCGACACCCGCUACCCAUGCAGCAGGCGCACAUUAACGUGGUUCAGUCUAACCGCCGCCAGCCGGGGCAGAACGGCACCGUUCCGACGGCGGGCGCCGGCGUAGGCGCGGCCAACACCGCCACCGGUCAAGCCGCACCCGCCACCACCGCCACCGCCACCAGCGCCACUAGCAUCGCGAACGCCACCGUCACCAGCGGCUCGGCCACCGCCACCGCCACCAGCGCUAGCGCCGCGACCCCCGCGCCCACCGCCAUCGUCACCGGCAACCCGACUGACGCUCAGCCAACCACUGACCCCAACGCCGCAGGCAGAAAUUCCACUCAGCCUACCGUCAACAUAAACAUACAGCCUGAUCCCAUCACGUAUCAAGUGGAGAUCGAGACCAGGGUGCCGAUAGCGUUCGCUCUUGAGAAUGCCUUGUUAAACGGGCUGGCCGGUGCACACGGGCAGGUGCCUGCCGGUGACGCCCAGCCCAACCAGCCGCAACAACCCCAGGACGGCCAGCCCAACCAGACUAACCAGGGCAAUCAGCCACAACAACCUAGGCGUCGAGUACUCUUUGAUUUUGAGAAUUUGUUCCGUGGCCUAGGCCAGAACGGCGGUCUGGGCGGUGUGGAGGUGGUUAUGAGUAUGGAGGAGAUCCCCAACGGUCAGAUAGUGGGGUCGGUGCCCGCGGGUCCAGCGGCGGCGGAAGCGGGCGCCGGCGCGGGCGCGCGCGCCGAGCCCGGCCUCCACGGCAUCGGCGUGCAGCAAGGCGACGGCGGAGGUAAUACUCCCCACAUCUUCGGAGCAGACAUUUACCUAGGCGGUAUGCCGUGGGGCGGCGCCCCGAGCGCGGACCUGCUGCAGAACAUCGUGUCGUCGGUGAUCCGGCAGGGGCUGCUGCCGGGCGGCGAGGCCGUCGCGCUGCAGGUGGCGCACGCCUUGCCCAACGCCGCGCCCGACCAGCCGCAGCCGCAGAACGGACAAACUCCGGGCAGACACGCCAACCUGCACCUGCGACGCGCCACGACCACGACCCGCGCGCACGCCGUCACCCUCAACAACUUCAUAUACGACAGGUUCCUGUUGUGCGUCAGCCCGCACGCCCGCCGCCGUCUGCUUAGACGCAGGGAGCAGCAGCAGCACCAGGCCGCCGCGCACGCGCGCGCCCGCGCCGACCGCGCCGCCGCGCAGAACAUCGAGGUCUUACGCGAACGCAACCCCAACUUCACACAGAACCACAUUCAGACUAUGGUAGAUUUGCUGAGCAGCGAGCCUGGGCGCGCUUCGUUCACAAACGCUUUCUUCGUGGCCGUUGCCCGCCACCUGUUCCUCACGGAGCCGAUGCAGAUCGUGUCGGGCGAGUCGGCGCUGGUGCCCAACGAGUUCCAGGCGCUGCGCCAGAUGCUGCGCGUGUACCUGCAGGAGCUGCUCGUGCGCUCCGGCGGCGUGCACAGCGACCACACCUUCGAGACCGUCGCCGGGUUCCUCGUCACAGAGCAGCAGGACUUCCUCUCAAGAGUGGAAACCAUUGUCUCACUGCGUUCGGAGUUCAACUUCGGAGCGUCGAUGCGCGCGCUGAUCGCCUCGCGGCUGCCGGCGAUCGUGGCGUCGGUCAUGUCCAAUUCCGCCACGGAGUCGUUCGUGGCGCGCUUCUACGCCAUGUUCUCACAUCUCUUUACCGAUAUGUGCACGCUCAUGGCGUACUGUUGCCGCGACGGUGUGGACGGACUGCGCACACUGUUUAGAGCUUUCCUGGAAGAGAAAGUACGUGAUUGGGGCAGCGAAGACGUCCAACAAGUGCUAAUCACACUCGGCAUGGAGAACCUUGGCGUGGUGAUUAACAGCCUGAACGCCAUCACACCGGUCGACCCCAUACAGCAGUUCGUUAUACGACGUGCGCCUGCUGCCGCCGCGGCGGCGCCUCAAGAGCCGAGCCCGAUGGACGUGUCCCCCCCGGCCCCCGAGGCGUGCCCCGCGCCCCCCGCCCCGGCGGCCCCGGCGCCCACAAGCGCCUCCGACGUGUCGAGCACCACGACGGAGGCCGGCGAAGCCCGCGCCUCCCGCCCGCUCUCCAGCAGCGAGGCGGCACCCGCCACUGAGCCGCAACCUUCGCGCUCUACACCUAGCCAGAGUCCAAGAGCAAGCCGACCGGAGCGUGAGUCUGCGCCUCAAAGGACUUCCCCUGACUCACAGUCUAACAACCUAAACUUCGUACCGCCAAUGAUGCUGCUACAGCACUGGGGCGAAGAGUGGGUGCCGGUGUUCACUCGCGACCAGCACAACAUGAACGCGGCCCAGGAGCCGUACAGCGACGCCUACCUGUCGGGCAUGCCGAGCCGCAAGCGGCGCUGCGUGCGCCAGUCGCGGCCCCCACACACGCUCGAGACAUUCAUCAACGGUGCGUACACGACCACUGAUGUUGCUACAGCACUGGGGCGAAGACUGGGUGCCGGUGUUCACUCGCGACCAGCACAACAUGAACGCGGCCCAGGAGCCCACUGGGGCGAAGACUGGGUGCCGGUGUUCACUCGCGACCAGCACAACAUGAACGCGGCCCAGGAGCCGUACAGCGACGCCUACCUGUCGGGCAUGCCGAGCCGCAAGCGGCGCUGCGUGCGCCAGUCGCGGCCCCCACACACGCUCGAGACAUUCAUCAACGGUGCGUACACGACCACUGAUGUUGCUACAGCACUGGGUCGCGGCCCCCACACACGCUCGAGACAUUCAUCAACGGUGCGUACACGACCACUGAUGUUGCUACAGCACUGGGGCGAAGACUGGGUGCCGGUGUUCACUCGCGACCAGCACAACAUGAACGCGGCCCAGGAGCCGUACAGCGACGCCUACCUGUCGGGCAUGCCGAGCCGCAAGCGGCGCUGCGAGCGCCAGUCGCGGCCCCCACACACGCUCGAGACAUUCAUCAACGAGAGCGUCCGCGAAGCGAGCUCGCGGCCUGCGCCGGUGGACAGCGAGGCGGUGCGGCGCGCGUUCCGCGAGCACAUGCGCACGAUGGCGCGCAGCCGCGCCUCCAGCUCCGAGGACUACGAUCCGCUGCGCUACGCCUCCGCGGCGCGCUUCCUCAACUCUGCCGACACAAACAAAGACCCGAGCAAAAAAAGCGAGGACAAGUCUUAAAUGUAUUCUCCGUGCACUCCUUGCGGUCACGCCUGCUUCGUCGUUACAAUAUUAAGUUAAACAUUUCGUAGUCACGCUGUAUGCGAGUGUUGUUUUAGUUAGACUGAUUGCAUUUUAGCAUUCUAAAUUUUGACACGACCACUUGAAUCAGUUCCAAAAUUCAGGAG